AUGUCCGCCGAGAUAUUCGCAGCUAUCGAUGAAAAACUAUCAGAUACCACCACAGCCACCACAGAAUCAGUCUUACCUACCACCAUCCACCACAAACCCUUACCAUACUGGCUAGUCAAUGUACCGCGCGACCAAUGGCCAUCAUCAUGUCCCGCGUUCCUCAAGGGACAAUCUGAUAAGAAUAUCAGUAUACUGGCUACACCGGACGAGGAGUAUCAAUGGAUUGGAUGGGAGAGGGUUAAGGAGUUAGUUCGAACGAAUGAUAUUGGAAAGUUUCAGCGUCUACCGUCUGAUCUGAGGAGAUAUUUGGAGUAUAUGUUUCAUCUUAAGCAGAAAUACGGCUCGAUUAUGGAGUUUGUGCUUGCUGAGCGAUUACAUUGGGAUCAAACCGACCUGAAACCGACGGGUGAACCGUUUAAAUAUGAUGAUGAUCUCAAGAUCCUGUACAAUGACUGGCCGUACGGUCUCGAGAAAGGGAUCGUUCAUCUAGUCAUCUGGACCAAGUUUGAGCUUGAAGAAGAUCCUGGUACCGGUCUUUUGACGGAGUCCAUGUGGAAGAAGAUUGAUGAUUAUGUGGACAGAGUCUUUCGGUCUCGUAUGCCGGCUGAUCAGAUUGUAUGGUUCAAGAAUUGGAAGUCUCUCAAGUCUAUACAUGCGAUUGAGCAUUUCCACGUCAUGUUGAAUAAUCCAGAUCCGGAAUUCAUCGAGGAAAUCACUAAUGGGGAUGUUCCUUUGGUGGAAAAGAUGACGCAGGGAAGAGCUCUUUAGCCUUGCCAUCCACAUCUUCUGUUUCUCAUAGCCAGCUGGUUUCGACUGUUGUUCCCAUUAGCAUAUAGAAGAAUACAUCAAUAUUUUCACUGUAAAAGAAGACCGAAACCCUUCAACCGGCCAAAGGCAUCUACGUAAAUCCGUAGUUAUAAACG